AUGGAGCUUCUUCGAGAUAUAAAAGAAUCGUGUGAAAAAUUGCCGUUAGACCAAGUCAGUGGUCUAAUAGAAAGAGAUCCACAUCCACAACUUUGGUAAUUAAGAAAAUGAAAUGUUCCGUUAACC